UCCCUGUCAGUGCAAAAUUAAAGGGCUGUCUUGGCUCUCGCUAGUUAGAGUUUGUUCGUGGGGCCAUCCCAAUGACUUCUUUCGACCCACACACACAGCAUAAUAACAUGAUGGACACCGCACGGGAAGACGAGUUGCUUGCGAUGGAGAAUAUCUUUGGACCGGAUGAGUUUCACCGAAGCGAUACUUCCUCCGGUGGAGUGAUGGAAGUGUGUCCGCAGCUUCCAUAUGAUUUCAAAGUAAUUGCAAAAGGUAAGAUAAGCGAAGAAUAUGACGUUAAAUUCCUGCCGCCUCUGGUAGUGGACUUCGAGCUUCCAGAGACAUACCCAAGUCAUUCUUCGCCUGCUUUUACAUUGAGUUGCCAGUGGCUCCGCCACAAUCAGCUUUCCAAGAUAUGCAGGCAUCUAGAGGACAUUUGGCAGACUUCUGGAGGAGAGGCUGUGCUCUUCUCCUGGUUCCAGUUCCUAAGAGAGGACCUCUUGGGCUUCCUGUCCAUCCACUCUCCCUGGGAGAUUCCCAGCAUGGAGGAACCUCAGGAUGCAGACACCAGGGACCCACGGGUCACUACUACCAGCAGCAUCCCUGACACAGGUCUUCUGCAGUGGCUCCUAGACCACAACCAAAAAAUGCAUCAGAAGGAGUUUGAAGGACAAAGUGUUGAGUGUGGGAUCUGCUUCUUGGCAAAGUCUGGUUUUGAGUGCCACAGAUUCAACGCCUGUGAGCACAUCUUCUGCAAGGACUGCGUGUCUAGCAUUUUCAGGAUUGCUAUUGAAGAGGGAAGGGUGCUCCAGUUCAACUGUCCUGAUACUGGCUGUGACGCCGUGGCUGCUCCCUCUGAGGUGAAGGCUCUGGUGGGUGAGGAGCUGUUUGGUCGAUAUGACCAGCUACUGCUGCAGAAGACGCUGGACUGCAUGGUUGACGUGGUGUAUUGCCCUCGCGCCAACUGCAGCUCCCCACUGGUCCUGGAGCCAGGGGAGUCCUGGGCCUUUUGUGCAUCCUGCGCGUUUGCCUUCUGUACCAAAUGCCGUCAGGGGUACCAUGGGGUGAAUGUGUGUCCCAAGAUCACAAAUAGGAACUCUUUAGGUGCCAACGCACGGGAUAUAGGUACCCUGUCAGCCUCCGGCUCUGAAUAUGCACCACUGCCAAAGACUGUAGAGGGGAUGCGAGAUCUGUGGGAAGACUAUGAAAAUGGCACUAAACAGAGAAGGAAACUUUUGCUGCAGCGAUACGGGAGGAGUCUGUUCCUUGGCGGCAUAGGUGAUGCCCUGAGUGGUGACUGGAUAGAGAGCAACACUCAAGAGUGUCCUAGAUGUAGCGUCAAAAUACACAAAACAGGUGGCUGCAACGUAAUGCGGUGUGCACACUGUUCUGCUACCUUCUGCUGGGCUUGCCAUGUGAUAAUACGGCCCAAAGAUGACCAUCACAGGCACAGUAUUGGAAGCUGUACUGAAGAGACCAAUUAAGGGACAGGAGAUGGAGACAUGGACCUCCAUAUGAAAGCUGAAAUAGAUAGAUAGAUUGAUCCCCAAGGGGAAAUUCAAGUUAUUUCACUUACCAAGCGUUCAUUAUGCCACAUUUUUAUUUUACUGGACCUUACAUCAACAAGGAAGUCCAUUUCACACUCAUACAACAUAUGGCAUACGGAAAAUUAGGACCUACCCGACUCAAUAUGCUACCCAACUCCUGUAGCUCACUGGGGUUUGUUCCCAUUCACAAACCAAUAUUUGAACGGUUUGUACUUUGGAGCAUUUGGACCAAACAAAAGCCGGUUCAGAAUGUGGCGCCUUGGGUUGGAACGUGAACCAGUAAAUUCUGCCGUUAAGAGGUUUGAAGGCAGGGGGUGCUGUGGCGCAGCAGGCUACAGUGCUUGUAUCAUGUACGGGUCCGAGUGCCCAAGGGGACCCAGGUUCGAAUCUGGCCAGCGGUCAUGUCCCCAUUCCACCCCAUCUCUCUCCCCUACUUAUUUCCUGUCUACCUCUUCACUAUCCUACGGUACAACAAUAAAGGCCAAAAGGUCAAAUAAAUACUUAAAAAAAAAGGGGAGAAGGCUGAGCAUGAGCUGCCAUAAGUAAACAAAGCAGUCAACUAGCACUACACUGCAGACGUAGCAUUUUAAACAGCUAAUUUCUGUCUUUUUCACAGGACAACUGCUCAUCAUUCUACUAUUUAUGCAUCUCAUUAACUUUUGUUUUGCGUGCAACAUCCACACGCACCAUUGGUUUGGUUCAAAACUGGUGGAAAUGUGGGCUGGUUUCACUAGAUAGCACCAAAGUUCGAAGAAUUCUGAACGGAACCGGUUCAGGAACAGGUUCUCUGUUGGUAAAAAAGAAACACCUUUGGAGCACUGGCCAUUAGCUGCAGCAGUAGGCGGUAGGCUACUCAGUGACCUCUAGUGAUCAAGAUCCAUGUAAAAACCAGCUGGAUUUCUCCUUUAAGUGCCUUGCUCGAGGGCACAAUGGUGGAAACUUUUCAAGAACUUUACAGGCUACUGCAUGCUAACCCUACUGCAUGCUAGCUAGGUUGGACUAAGUUGGUGUGGACUUUUCUGUUUUUCUUUGUUUUAUUAUUUAUUUGACAUUGUUUAUUUGUUUUCCUGUCUUGUGUGUUUUGGUGUCACGGGUACGCUGGCGAUUACGCCGCUCUGUCCAGCAUGUUUUGUCUGUGUCUUGUUAUUUUGUGAAUUUGUUUGUUGUGUUGUUACAGGUACGCUGGCGAUUAAUGCCACUCCGUCGGUCAUCUUUUGUCUUGUCUCAUGAUGUAUAUUUUGUAAAUCUAUUUGCUUCAUGUCGUCACGGGUACGCUGGCGACUACGCCACUCCGUUCGGCACUGUUUGUAUCAGUGUUGUGUGUAAAGUGCUUUGGGUUGCACUAUGUGCACAUGAAAUGCGCUAUAUAAAUAAACAUUACCUUAC